AUGCAGCCACCCUACCCUCCAUCCAUAAAUGCCAACAUACCAUCCGUCCACGAAGCCCUCCUACUAUCCAUCAGUGCAGCCCUCCUUACAUCCAUCAAUGCAGCCACCCUACAAUCCCAUCUAUCCAUGAAGCCCUCCUACCAUCCAUCCAUGCAGCCAAUCUACCAUCCACACAUGCAGCCACCCUACCAUCCAUCUAUGCAGCCACCACACCAUCCAUCAAUGCAGCCACCCUACCAUCCAUCCAUGCAGCCACCAUACCAUACUUCCGUGCAGCCCUCCUGCAAUCUAUCUGUGCAGCCAUCCUACCAUCCAUCCAUGCAGCCACCCUACCUUCUAUCCAUGCAGCAAGCAUACAAUCCGUCCGUGCAGCUCUCGUACAAUCCAUCCGUGCAGCCGUCCUACCAUCUGUCCGUGCAGCUCUCCUACCAUCCAUCCGUGCAGCCUCUCUACCAUCCAUCCGUGCAGCCCUAUUACCAUCCUUCCGUGCAACAACACUACCAUCAAUCUAUGAAGCCUCUGUACCAUCAAUCCAUGAAGCUAUCCUACCAUCCAUCCAUGCAGCCCACGAUACCGUUCAUCCAGGCAGCCGACCGCCCAAUCACCCAUUAA